AAAGCGCCGGUCGGCGGGUGGGAGGAAAGGCCGGAAAAAGCGCUCCGCUUCCUUUGUAUUUAUAUCGGGGUGUUUGCGCAGGCGUGGUUGUGUCACUCUUGCGGACCAAGAAGCGGAGACCGGUCGUUGACUCGCAGCCGCUUCUUCUGCCGCCUCUCUUCUCAUCCUCCUCCCGUCUUUCCCGGGCCGUUCCCAGGCGUCGGAGGCCCCCAUGGCGAUGAACUACAACGCCAAAGCGGACGGGCAGCCGGGAGCCAGCGGCCUCGGAGCCGCCGCCGGGGCGUCCGGCGGAGCCGUCCCCAAGAGCCGCAAGCCGGACAACACGGCCUUCAAGCAGCAGCGCCUGCCGGCCUGGCAGCCCAUCCUCACCGCCGGCACCGUCCUGCCGGCUUUCUUCGUCAUAGGCCUCAUCUUCAUCCCCAUCGGCAUCGGCAUCUUCGUCACCUCCAACAACAUCCGCGAGUUCGAGAUUGACUACACAGGAAUAGAUCCAAGUAGUCCUUGCAAUAAAUGUUUAAAUGUAUCUUGGAAUGCCCCAUCCUGCUCCUGCGUCAUUAACUUCACAUUGGAUCAGUCGUUUGAGGGCAAUGUGUUUAUGUACUAUGGAUUAUCCAACUUUUACCAAAACCACCGUCGCUAUGUAAAGUCUCGAGAUGAUAGUCAGCUAAAUGGAAAUAACAAUUCUUUACAUAAACCUAGUAAGGAGUGUGAACCUUACCAUACGAGUGAGAAUAAACCUAUUGCUCCUUGUGGAGCUAUUGCCAACAGCAUGUUCAAUGAUACAUUAAAGCUUGUUCAUUAUGAUCACAAUACCUCUAAGCCCAUGGAUAUUUCUCUGCUGAGAAAAGGCAUUGCUUGGUGGACAGACAAAAACGUUAAGUUCAGGAAUCCUACUGGUGAAACAAAUAACUUGACAAUACUUUUUCAAGGAACAUCAAAACCUGUCAACUGGCGUCGCCCAGUGUAUUUGUUAGAUGAUGAUCAGGACAACAAUGGAUUCAUCAAUGAAGACUUUAUUGUAUGGAUGCGUACUGCAGCACUACCUACAUUCCGUAAGCUGUAUCGUCUUAUAGAGAAGAAAGAUAACUUACAACCUACUCUGCCAGCUGGGAAAUAUUCUUUGGAAAUAGAAUAUAAUUAUCCUGUGCAUAGCUUUGAUGGGCGGAAACGGAUGAUCCUGAGCACCAUUUCUUGGAUGGGAGGCAAAAAUCCUUUCCUGGGAAUAGCGUAUAUAACAGUGGGCUCCAUUUGUUUCUUUCUUGGAGUAGUGCUGCUUGUCAUUCACCACAAAUACGGAAACCGGAACAAUAGUGCAGACAUUCCCAAUUAAUCUAAGUGCUCCAAAUCACAUGUACUGCAUGUGCAUCAAGAAAAGUCCAGAGUGGACACAGCUUUUGAAAGCUAGAUCCCUGGUAGUUGCUUCUGAGACAGAAUACCUAACCAUAUUUGAAGCCUUCGUUUCCCUUACGGUGGAUUAACCUGAAGAUAAGAGCUGUAAAACAGUGUUGACGAGGGGCUUUUUGAAAUUUGCUUCUUGCUGGACAGGUGCCAUGAUGUGCAUAUAGUCUUUCCUCACCUAAUGCAUCUGCUGCUGAUUUGUAUGCUUUACAUGUCAAUACUAUAUAGCAAGAAUGUGUUUAGAAUAGCUUCUUAGCAUUUUAAGGACCAACAGUGUGCUGGUUUUUGGAAGGAACAAAAGCCUGUUUACGUUUUGUCAACCAAAAUAUUCCACACAUGAGCUUUGUAACUCGUGUACAACUCAAUAUGAAUUAAGCCCAACUUCCUGCUUAAUGUUCACAAUUCCAGUAAGUGUGUUUUGACAUGUGGCUUGGUUCAACUAAAAGCUUACUUUUUGCCCAGUGACAUGAAAGCUGCUUUCAACACAGAAGUAACUGUGGCAUAGAAAACUCUUCCAUUAAGUUCUGCUCAAAUAUCAAUCUUAUGUUCAGCACUCUAUGUGGCUUAAAUCACUGAGCUUAUUCCAAUAGAAGUAAAGAGAUUUAUUUACUGUGGCAGUAAAUAAAAAUCAUUUCUUUUGGUUACAAAAAACAAGGCUUUAAGCAUUUAUUAUAAGCUUGAAGCAGUCUGCUUGUUUCAGAAGAUGUUACAGUUCCUUCACUCAAAGCUCUUGUGUUCCUCAAAUAUUCCAUUAAAAUAAGCUAAAAGUUGCUGUGGGAACUUUUGCAUCUUGCACUCUUUAAGUCCAAUCUGUCCACACUGUAAGAAACAGACCAGGGACUUUAAAACUAUGUAUAUAUAUACAUAUAUAUGUAUCUAUAUGUAUGCAUAUAUACCUAUACAUACAUAUAUAUGCAUAUUAAUACUAAUAUAUAUAUAUAAUAAAUUGCUGUGUACAUAGAUGUUGUUUUACAUGAAAUUUGCUUGUCAAUCUGAAUGUUUGCUAUUUAAUAAAUGAUAUCAUAUGUUUUAUGAAACAAUGUGGUUAUCUGAAAUGUAUCUCCUUAAAGCAGCUUUAUCUCUGAUGGCUGUCAAAAAACAACUUGAACACAGUAACUUUGGAAGUUUCAAUACAUCACAAAUCUGGAACUUAACAACCAGAAGUAAAAUCUAAUAGAUUUUUCCCCUAUUUAAGCAACUUCCAUGGACAAACCCUUUUCUAUCCCCAAAAUACUUCUUGCAUGCAAAUGUUUUUUCUAGCUCCUAUGAUAUACAAAGUAAUAUCCUAGUACCACCAGAUUAUGGAUUCUAAAUGAGUAUUCACCAAUGAGUGUUAAUAUUUUAUUGGCAAAGGAUAGUCAUACUAAUUAUACUGUUCUCUUUAAAUUAUGGAAGAAAGCAGGCAGUAUGGGCUUUUAAAAACUCUAUUACUGUAUUAUAUCUGGUUUCACACAAAGUAAAUGGAUUUAAUAUGAAUUAGCUCCAGGUGUAUGGAUAAGACUAAACUAACUUGAAUGAAGUAUUCAAACUUACAUUUUUUUUCAGUCCAAGCCUCUGGAACAGCCACCUAAUUGUAAAUAUCUUAAGUACUUGAAAUCAACAAAGUUGAAUUCCCCCACUACCAUCACCAACUUUGUUGAUUUUGGUCAUGGUUAGUGGAGGAAAUAAGUUUAUCUAUUUACUAGCCUAUCUUAACAGGCAAGAAAUAUCUAUCUUCACAUAAAAUAAUUUUCAUUGAUUGUGUCAGCUCUUUCAAUGGUCUUUAAGUUGACAACUCUUUCAAACAUGCCCAUUAAAAACCUAUUAUCACUGUUUCCUACAGUAAGAAAAGUAAUUAUCUUAAAAGCUUGUUGUAAAUAUAUUCAAAUUUACAGCCCCUAAAGGACUAUUAUUUUUUGAAAAAAAUAUUUUUACCGAGAAUAAAAACUUUUAACUUGACAAAAAAAAAAUGAUUUUGUAUUAGCUGAUCUUUUUCUUGUACCUAUGGUCAACUGGCAGUCAUGCUUACUGCAAACAACUGGUAGAAAAAACUGCGAAGGGUGAAUUCCAGCAGAACAAGAUAAGAAUUUCUUAAAAACCAGUACAAUUUGAUCACUUUUAUUCAUUCACAACGUGGUUACUUUGUCACCUAUUACAUAUUUAAACACUUGCCGUGUUUACAUUUAAGCAUAGUUUGACUCUUGCACACUGCCAGGAUAACAAGAUUAAAGGUAAAGGUCCCCCUUGCACAUAUGUG